GUUCCUCUAGGUUUCCCUCCGCCUCCUCUUCUUAUGGUAGAACGAACUUUUGGCGCAUCAACCAAGAGAAGUUGGACAAAUGUUUCGCGAAGACUGUGGUGAAUGAAGAGAAAAAAACCAAACUGAAAGUAGAAGAAGACAGGAUCAAGAUAUUAAAGGAGGAAGAAGAAAGGAAGGAGGAAUGGAAGAAAGAGCGUGAACGAUUGGAAGCGGAGAUGACUGCUCGACUCGAUAAGCGUCUGGAGGAGAAGAACUGUCUUAAGACCAAGGAGAAGUCUAUCGACGAGAGUGCUCUCAAGGAUGAGAUGGAGAAGAUCCGUAAGGAAAACGAGAAACUUAGGAGACUGCUAACGAAGGGAGACGGAGAAAGUGGCGAUGACAAUGUUUCGAAGCUGCAGAGGGAGAUUGCAGAUUUGAGACGACAAGUUUUGGCGAAGAAGAUUGAAGAGGAUGAUAUUUUUGCGAUGAAGCAAGAAAUCGAACAACUGAGAAUUUCUGGAGCUGCGAUGAGGGAAGACGGAGAGAAAAAGCGCGUGGCGAUACGCUUCGCCUCUAGGUUCGUCCUGCUGCUGGUGCUGUGCGUUGGCCGGUCAUGGGUUUGGCUUGGUGGAUUGUCGGUGGAGGCUCAUGCAACUGCAAAGGAGCCAGUUUUGGAGCUGUCACACAACGGUGCGUCGAAGCGGAGCGGUCUUUCCGUGCGUUCUCUGCGAGGCGGUGAGGAGGACAGCGACCCCGGCGCUAUCGGUGGUGGAGGCGAGCACAAACUCAUCCUUUCAUUGUCGCCCGCAGCAGCAGUGGAAUGCGAUUCGCAGCCAGCUCAAUGGUCGAGAUCCAGGUACGGAAUGUCGGAGAGCAGGCGUGAGAUAAGAUUGCGAUCGGGGGAAUCGCGAUCGCGAUCGCGAUCAAAUGAACGUACGUGGAGGCUCGGCUUACCAUCAAGCGCGUCGCGAUCGCGAUUGGCUAGGACGAGGGGAGUACGUGGGUCAGGCUGCAUUUCUUCUGUGACCUCUCAGACUGCUUCACAGUCAGAGAGCGGAGGUGGGAGAAGGCAGACGGAACAGGAGGAGGAGGGGGAUGACGUAGCCCGAGCCAGCGAUGGCGACCCGGGACAUCGCCUCCUACCCUUCACCCAGUCUCGAAGAAUGGCUCGAGAUGCUGUACGGACACUGGGUGGGAGAAGGCAAACGAGCCGUGACGGUUCCAGGCUGUACGGACACUGGCCGGGCGAUGAGAGGCUGUACGGACACUGGCCGGGCGAUUCAUUGCAAGAUGCAUUCGGCUUGAGUGGACGUCUGCGACCCCGCAAAGUGAUGAUGAUGAGUGGCGGCGGUGACAAUGGAAGCAGCCAUAGCCAGGUCGACGAAGACGAAAGCCAACCCCAGGUACAGGUCCUUGAGGAUGGCACACUGGAGGUAGUCAUAAGCGACGGAGAGCACUUCGUGCAAGAGAUCCAGAACUACGAGAACGAGGGCACUACACUGAAGAAGAAGACGAUCAGAGUGCGGUGCGAUUUGGUGCUCCCGCCAGUGCCGUUGCGUAUCAACAGCAGCGGGAUCUUGACAGUGAAGGGGGAGUGCUGGCAACGGGUGUGUGUCGUCCGAUCGAAGUCGGUCGGCAGUCUCCUUCUUUACGAUGGGCUAGGCAAGGCGGGAGACGACUCAGUCUCGCUGACGUUCUCCAACCUGGACUUCUAUGAGGUUGGCUUUGAGUACCGCCACGCCAAUGUGAAACUCAUCAACUGCUCCUUUGUCAACUGCCGUCCAAUCGACUUCAAACACGAUGGGGAUGGUAAUCUGACGCCGGCUACGACGUCAAACGGCGGCGGCGGCGGCGGCGGCGCUGACAGACUGGUCAAGAUCAGGGGGUGCUCCUUUCGGGACAACCUGGGGGGCUUGCGACUUCUCGACAUGCCCGAAACUGUGUGCAUCUCUCACUCUGUCUUCUACUCCAUGCGGGAAGAUGAUGUCCUAGUCGUUAGGACGAACACAUUCGCCGACGUACAGAGAAGGCUCACUAUCUUCAACUGCACGUUCGGAUCCUUGCAAAGACCUGCUGGGUGGAACACGGUGCGUAUAGAAGCAGUGAAUACCGCUUCUCCAUCCCUCUUAUAUGCCCGUAAAUCAACCUCCGAGUCCAACACAUCAGCCACCGUCGAGGGAGCUAACACAACCAUAUCCUUUCUGAACUCCACUUUCUUCGACUUCUCCAGGGUUGCCGUCUUCGCCGGUAAUGGUACAUCGUCGCCUGCCGCGGAAGUGCCGUAUCUGUCCUUGCGAUUCUGCUCCUCGACGUGGGCCUCGCACUCCGAAAUCCCAUCCCUACCUGCUGGUACACUUGCCACUCCCUUGAGCAGCAGUAUUCUAAGCCUCCCACAUAGCCUGGCGAUCUUCUGCCCAUUGCAAUCUACGGACGGGGUGCAGACAGCAAACCCUCCAGAAACAAACUCCUCCUCCUCCUCCUCCUCCUCCUCCUUCUCCUCUGCGUGUGCGGGUUGUACUGAGUCCAUGGCGGGCAGAUGCGAAGUAGGGGAUGGGGAUGACGACAAGAUGCUGUUUCCUUCUGCUCCCGGUUUGCUCAAUCCCAUGGGUCCUCAGGCGGACCGGGGUUGGGAUGGAGGACGCCGAGGAGAAGGAGGACAACGAGGCGAAGGGUCUAACAGAGCUCUGGCAACCAUUUUGGCCGUGACAGUUCCGUUGGCAGCGGUUAUGGUGCUAGCGACAGCGGCAGGCGCGAAGAGAUGGUCAAGUAGACAUCGCCAACGGGUGAUCGGUGGCCGCACACCUACUACGACAGUUACGGGUAGCAGGAGGGACAAGCAACACGAGGAAUUGCUUCGGUUGCGGGUGUUCACCAUCAAGGAGCUGAGGGAGGCCACGACCAACUUCACCACGGUGGUCGGUCGUGGAGGGAGCGCAGUUGUGUACAAGGCCACGCUGGCCUCGGGGGAGCUGGUAGCUGUCAAGUCCCUCAAGCGCGAACACUGGCGUAAUGAGCACGAGUUCCUGCAUGAAGUGUGCAUCCUUGGGCGAAUCGCGCAUAGAAACCUCGUCCUCCUCCUCGGAUACUGCAACGAGGAAGAAAGGUACUUCCUUGUCUACGAAUUCGUGCCCAAUGGUACCCUCAAGGACCACCUCCAUCAGCAUGAUGUGAAGUCCUCCACCUCUGCACCUUUGUUGUUCCUAGAUUGGCCAAAGAGGGUCAGGAUUGCACUGGAGAUAGCCAGAGCUCUGGAGUACCUGCACCAUCUUCUGGAUCCUCCUUUGGUCCACAGAGACAUCAAGCCUGAAAACGUCCUCCUGCUGCAGGACUGUGUGCCCAAAGUUGCAGACUUUGGGCUUUGUCGCAAGUUCAAUCCUCAAGAAGACGGGAGCGAGUGCCUGCUCACCAAUCCCGCAGGUACGGUGGGGUACAUGGCACCAGAAGUGUUUACUGGGUUCACGGUGACGGAGAAGGUGGACGUGUUUAGCUUCGGAGUCUUGCUACUCGAGAUAAUCACGGGCAAACGUCCCUUCUCGAAGGACUUCUCGCUCAUAGUGUGGGUGAGGAAGACGGCCAGGGACGAGGAAUCUGCUAAGGCACUUGCUGAUCCCAGGCUGGAGGGGGCUGUAGACUCCAGGCAGCUGUACUUGCUGACCCUCCUCGCAAGGAGAUGCCUUCAGCGCAAGUCCACCAGCAGACCCAGCAUGCUCAAUGUGGCCCGUGCGUUAGAGCGCAUCCAAGGGAUGAGCAGCAACGAGAACAUGGAGAAUGUGGUUAGGGUACUUGAAAGGAUUCAGGGGGAGAAGAGGGACGAUUCCUGGUUCACGGAAUGGUGUACAGAGGAUAGCGAAUGGUUGUCGGCGUUGCAUGAGCCCAACCUGCACCAGGACAACGAAGAGGCUGACAAGAAUGACGAGGGGCAAGAGGAGGACGACGAAGAGAGGGAGGAGGAGAUGCUAUGCGAGAAGGAGGACCAGGGAGAGGAGAAGAAGAAGAAGAAGAAGAAGAAGCAGAAGGAGAAGGAACAACAGCUGAAGGAGGGGAAGAAGUACAAUAUCAUGGAUAAGAAUGAGCAGGAGAAGCAGCAGGAGGGGGAGAAGGAGGAUCAUGGGGAGGAUGAUACCUCACUUGGCGUAGAAGCCAUGUCUGCGAAAGCGGUCAAGGACAUCGCGGAGGUGUCUGAGGUGCUCCUCAAGGGUACGACUAUAGACCAGGAUAUCGUCGAGGUAGACGAGAACGUACUGCUCCAGGAUGUGUCUGAAGAUGUCGUUCAUCGCCCUCUGGAAGGUAGCGGGUGCAUUGGUGAGGCCGAGUGGCAUCACCUUAAACUAGUAGUGGCCGAAGCACGAUCGGAACGGUGUCUUCGACUGGUCGGCUGCAGCGAUGUGGAUUUGAUGGUAACCGCUACGAAGCUCAUCGGAACGAGGCAUGGGGUAGUUGUUCUUAACCAUGCAGCGUUUGAGACUGCGAUAGUCGAUGCAGAGACGAAGAGUUUCAUCCGCUUUGCGAGCAAAGAGGACGGGUGCACCCCACGGGGAGUUGCUGGGCUUAAUGAAACCCAGUCUCAGGAGCUCCUCAAGCUGACGCUUGAGUUCGGUGGCCUCGGGGAUCGAGAGUCUGUAGGGUGCCUGGUGGUGAACACAGUAGUCAGGCACAAGCUAACUGGAGUGCUCGACGUCAUACAUCGGUGGGAUGCCGGCCUACAAGAACGACGAUGGGAAAACGUCGUGGCAUUCUCGGAUGAGGUCACGAACUACGGGCUCCAGGUCAACCGUAUAUCGUGCGUGCUCCUCAGCGUCAGCGUCAGCGUCAGCGUCAGCGAGCGACGGCGGGGUGGACUCGACGGACGGCGGAGGGACGGAAGUAGAGAUGGGAGCCAUGGAGAUAGAAGGAGGAUCUGGCUCCAGAGGGAUGAGCUCGACGUCGGGACAGGGUGGAUCAUAGUGUAAGAGAUCCGUCACGUCACCCAUAAAGAAGGUGACGUCGUCCUGUCGGAUGAAGUGGGCGAACUGCCGAGGUGAGGUGACAGUGAUGGAAGGGGAUGGUGUGGGCACGGAAGGCUUCAGGGGAGGAGGAUCGGGGCGUGGUGUCGCAGUGGUACCUAUGAAAGGUACGCGAUACGUCUAUCCACACUUCGUUUUGAGAACGAGAGUGUUGAUCGCCCAAUCGGCCUCGGUGCUGUGGAACCGACAAGACCACGGAGUGCCGAGAAUGAAGUCGUACCCCGUCU